UUCCUGCUUUUAUUAUUCAACUUGCAAACACUACAGCUAAUGUCUUCACCUGUAAGAGCAGAGAGAGAGAACGCUUCUGGCAACGGCAACUGUAGCCUUCCAGGGAGAAGAGAACCUAGCAUGGUGCCUGGCACAGAAUACAAAUUUCAACAGUGAAAGGGCUACAGGUCAUCAGCUAAUCCGGAAAUGUGUUGACGGACAGGCACAAAUGAGAGAAGGAAGGAGGAGGACAGGGACACCACCAGGAGGCACCCUCCCAGAAGACACUUGUGAGUUCUGGAAAGAAUGUAAGUAAAGUGUCUGCACUUUGACCAGACCUCAGGAGACAGUGACUCUUGACUUUGAAUAAUGCGCUCUUGGAAGCACUGUCUUUUCACCGUGUCUCUUCUUACUGCUCUGAUUUUUGUAUUUGUUUACAAUAACAAACUCUGGGAGAACAAACGUUUUCUGCGGGCAUCUCUGUCCAAUGCUUCAGUCUUAACUGAAGUCUGUCACCAGAUCUCUGAGGGAAAGGUGUUUAACCCAGGAGAGAACGCCCUGAGGACUCCCGUUGGUGAGGCUACUUGUUCUGAGUAUCUGGCUCAGGCUCACUACUUCACAGAAGCGCUCUCCACAGAGGAGGCUGACUUCCCUCUGGCUUAUACAGUGACCAUCCACAAGGACUUUAGCACUUUUGAGAGGCUCUUUAGAGCCAUCUACAUGCCCCAGAACGUGUACUGUGUUCAUGUGGAUGGAAAGGCGAGGGCUGAACUCAAAGAGGCCGUGGGAAGGAUGCUGAGGUGCUUCCCCAACGCCUUUCUGGCUUCAAAGACGGAAUCCGUGGUCUAUGGGGGAUUCUCCCGGCUGCAGGCUGACCUGAACUGCCUGAAGGACCUGGUGGCCUCUGAGGUGCCCUGGAAGUAUGUCCUCAACACCUGUGGGCAAGACUUCCCCCUCAAGACCAACAAGGAAAUAAUCCAGCACCUGAAAGUGUUCAAAGGGAGAAACAUCACCCCGGGAGUGCUGCCUCCUGCUCAUGCUGUCGGAAGGACAAAAUAUAUUCACCGGGAAAUACUGAGUGACAAAACUUCCUAUGUGCAUAAAACAGUACAACUAAAGACCCCACCUCCUCACAACAUGACAAUCUACUUUGGCACAGCCUAUGUGGCCCUCACCAGGGAUUUUGCUGUCUUUGUCCUUCAAGACCAGCGUUCACUGGACCUCUUGUCUUGGUCCAAGGAUACCUACAGUCCUGACGAGCAUUUCUGGGUGACACUCAAUAGGAUUCCUGGGCCAGAACAUGAGGAGGAGCUUCAGGGUGGAGGAAAAGGAAGUCUGCUUCAUCUUGUGUAAUCAGAAUCCUGGACCUCAGCUGCAGCCAGGGAUGUGUUGCAGGGGCCCGGGCUGUGGUGCAUCCGUUUAAGCGCACAUAGUAUCGAAAUGCAAGGAUCCAGAUUGGAGCCCGAGUUUUCCCACCUGCAAGGGUCUGGACACUUGAAAAAAGGCUGCCAGGAGCAGUGGAUUCCUAGUCCAGGCACAGAGCCCCAGCAAUAACCCUGGAGGCAAAAAAAUAAAUACAUAAGUCUUUUACUAAGAAAUGUUCAUUGACUUCUUAUUUUGGGUAAUUUGCUUUUCAGUUGUGACAUUACCCACCCACCUCCACUCCCAUUUCAGAUUCUUCAUAUUUAUAAUUGUUGCAUUUAC